CACAAGGCCCGAAUAGAAAUGACAGUGCUCAAUUGAGGGGUUACGUCGCCCGAAAAAGUAUUUACGGCGACAGAUAACGCUUUGACAAUGCCGGAUUGGCUAGGUAAACCCUGUAUCAAAGAAGAUAUAUUCGUUUGUUUUAUUACGCUAUCAUACAAUGAUGUCUCUAUUGAACCGUUAGUUCGGAGCCGUUGAUCUGGAGCCGUUGAGUCGUCGCCGGCCCCGGAACGGUGGGCCUGUAGCUGGCUCCGCAGCCGUUGGAGCGGAGCCGUGAGUGCAGAGCCGUUAUUCCGGAGCCGACUACGGAGCCGUUGGUGUGAAGCCGGCUCCGGAGCCGUCGGAGCAGAGCCGGCUCCGGAGCCAUGGGUGCGGAGCCGGCUCCGGAGCCGUCGGAGCGGAGCCGGCUCCGGGAAAAAGUCGGAGCCGGCUCCGGAGCCGUUAGUCCGGAGCCGGCUCCGGAGCCGUUGGUGCGCUCCGAAACGCCCAUCACUACCAGCGACUGUUGCCGGGAGCCGUUGGAGACGACGAAGGAGUUGAGCUUCCAUUUCUGCACAGCUUCUCGAGGCGAGCGGACGUGUUUCUCCAAGCCCGUACGUGCUUUCAAGAACAAGUUCGCCAGUGUCAAGAACAAGUUGGUGUUGGUGCGUGUGUGUAGUCGCGAUUGAAAAAAAAUUCUUUUGAUAGCGUCGCACAUCUCUGUGUCCAAUUAUGGAUCUAGGCAACAAAGACGCCACCGGCUCGGAUUCGUCGAACGAUGAUUUGGCGUCGCCGAGCUUUUUUGAUUUGUCAUCGCCGAUCUCGUCAAUCUCGCCGAUGGAAACGGAGGACGGGCCGGCGGCUUCGGCCUCACCCAUUCCGCCGAUGUCGGCGUCCCCGGAGCAGCAGCUGAUGGAUUUGUCGGUGGGCGGCGGGCAACCGGCGCGUCCACCGACGCGCCGACCGACGCGCAGAACGGCGAUGACGACCGGGGCAGGGCCGGUGGACGCAUCAGCGUCCUUUACGCGCCCGGUAGUGCUGCAGGACGAAGUGAGGUUGCGCUUGAUAGAGCGUCACUACAGUGCGGUCAACUCGCGGCCCGACACGAUUUUGGUGAUCGUACACCCCCCGCCGAUGGGUGCCGCGGGCCGCAGCGCGACACCGGCGCCCCCGCCAAUGGGUGCCGCGGGCCGCAGCGCAACAUCGUCGCGGCAGGCGGGGGAUGGUUCGGGCGCGAUCCGGCAUCGUCGGCACAGUACGGUCGGCACAUCGACGGCGGCAGGCGGGCAGCUGCGGCGAUCCAGGCGCACGGGGCGCGAGACGGUGAUGCCCCAGCUGGACGACAUGGCGGCGGUGGAGUGGGAAGACACGCGCAGCGGUUUGUUCUCGCCGCGCCCGGUACGCUGGACGCCACUGCCGGCCGCUGCCGACCAGCAGGCAGAGGCGGCUAGCGACGACGAAAUCAUUGCGCGCAAGCAGCGCCAAGCGGACUCGGAGAAGGAGAACAAGCGCGAGUGAGCGCUUGUGUUCCGGAGGACGUUUUUUUUACUUAAUGCGUUGAUGAACUGCUUUCUUGCAUAGAAAUGAACUAUCAAAAAAUCGUUAAUUUGAAUUCAGGCCUCAAUCGACACACAACCAUUUUAAGAUGCUAAGCGAGCCCGUUUGUGAGACACCCGAUGUGCCAUGACGAACAAUGUGAAUUACCAAUAAAGAUGAGUUCAACUACAAAGGUGUGUCGCUUGUGGGGCACCUGAAAAGCAA